AUGCAAAACUCAACAAUCUCACCUUACCGCAGCGGCUUGAAUGGGGUGAAUCAAAAGAUGAACUUGGAACUUGGCGGCGCCUUGUGGUGGAGUUUGGGUUGCAUUGCUUGCAUCGUCCUCAUCUUCCGAGUCGUCGGGACUUUGUGGGUCAGUAUCCGACAAAUAUCAACCAUGACACGGCUCAGAUUCAAGGAAAUGCCCAAUUAUGACCAUCAAGAUCAAGCGUACUGGAAACGCUCGCAGUGGUCCUGGAUGCCGCCACUGAAAAAGCACCUACUCUAUGCGCCUCUAUGGAAGAAACGACACCAUCAGAACAUUCAGAUGUUAUCUGCCGUUAGCGUCGGAACCUUGCCUUCUCGAUUACAAACUCUGAUUAUAGCUCUAUAUGUCGGUAGCAACACAGCAUAUAUGUGCAUUCUGGACUGGAACGUUCCAAACCGCUAUGCGCUUUGUGCUGAGCUUCGCGGCCGUGCGGGCACGCUAGCAACUGCUAACCUGCUUCCCCUUAUUAUUAUGGCCAGUCGGAAUAAUCCCCUGACCAGGCUGCUAGCAAUCAACUCUGACAGCUACAACCUGUUACAUCGAUGGAUUGGCAGGUUAGUAGUUGCUGAGGUCCUGGUUCACGCAAUUGCCUGGGCGAUUCCCAGCACCGCUGAAACAGGCUGGGGAAAACUCGGAGAGGAAGCUUUUCGAGGCGUAUUCUUAGCCACUGGUUCAAUAGGCGCAAUUGCGAUGUUGCUCAUAUUCGUUAGUGGUGCCUCGUUGAUACGUAAGGCGUGUUAUGAGACUUUCCUGGCUGCACACAUUGUACUUGCGCUCAUGGCCGUGGCUUGCACAUGGAUCCAUUGUGCAACGGCAGACCUUCCAGCAGUAUUACCGCAGUUGCCCUGGAUUGGAGCGGUAGCGGCCAUGUGGCUUUGCGAAAGACUAAUCCGUGUAGUCCGGCUUGUCCUCGUGAACUGGCGGAGCGGUCAACUUACCAUCGCGUCAUGUGAGUUAUUGCCCGGCGAAGCAAUCAAGGUGACAGCGCAACUCCCAAGGUGUCUACGUGUCAGGCCCGGAUCACACGCCUAUUUACGCAUCCGCAGUUUGCGAGUUUGGGAAAGUCACCCAUUUUCUAUUGCUUGGGUCGAAAACCGCGCCAAGAGCUCGUCGCCCGCUUGUCAUGUCGAAUCUUCAAAUGAUGGCCAAUGCAGGCUAACGACCGACGUGACCUUCAUUAUCGGCGCCCGAAAUGGCAUGACUCGUCAGCUCUAUGAGAAAGUGUUGAAGUCUAAGCUGCCGACACCCCUGACCGUGGGUCUGGAGGGGCCAUAUAACAAUACUUGUACUCUUGAUUCAUAUGGACAUGUCGUCCUCGUCGCUGGAUCGACCGGGAUAACAUACCAGCUAUCUUACAUAAGACAUCUCAUGAACGGUUACGGAGAUGGUACGGUUAGUGCGAGACGUAUACUUCUAAUCUGGGCCAUUCGGAAGCAAGAGUGUUUUGAGUGGAUUAAACCUUUCAUGCCUGAUUUGUUGCGCGUCCCAGAUUGUGGCGAGAUCUUGAGGAUCAAGGUAUUCACAACACGCGAAACCAGGGAGAGCGCAGUUUCUCCCCCAAAAUCCACUACUGGAAUCAGCUUUUACAAAGGAAGACCGGAUGUGUUGAGUAUCUUGAAAGGAGAGGUCCAAAGGCAGAUCGGGGCGAUGUGCGUCACAGUUUGUGGGCCUGGUGCUCUGGCUGAUGAAGUGAGACAAGCGGUCAGAAGUAUGCAAGGGCAAACAGUCAUUGACUUUUGCGAUGAAAGUUUUACCUGGUAG